GACAAAAUCCACCAUUUAAGAUGAAUCCAUUUGGAGGAUUUCCUAGUGUAGAUCAAAUGGGUCAAUGGGCUUUUUUUCAACUACAACAAUACAAAUUUCACGCGGAAGAAAGCCUGAGACGUGGAGACUACGCCAGUGCUUUUGCAAUGUAUAAUACAGCAGUUGAACAUUUCAAUAUGUGUGGCCCUUUCCUAAAUGUCCGAGAAGAACUACCGAAAAUUUUCAGCAAUCGUUCAUUGGUUUCAAGUAAAAUGGGGGACUUCGGAUUGGCUUUGGCGGAUGCCCAACAAUGCAUUGAUAUGGACCCUCUCUGGGCUAAGGGGUAUUGGCGGGCAGCUGCUGCUUACAAAGGUUUGAAUAAUUUUUACGAGGCUCUGAAUAUCUUGAUUCAAGGCUACAAUGUGACACUACCCCAAGGUGACCAGGAAAACGCAAUAACUUUUCUACAAGAACUUAUCGUUACAAUAACUCAGCUUCACAGACAUCAAGGAAAUUGUGAUUCACUUUUGGCAGAACAUGAAGAAUUAAACCCCGAAUCCCUCGAAGCCGAUGCUCAAGAGAAACUAUUACAAAGGUUGGCUAGCAGUCAUUACUGGGAAGGCGUCAGCUUACUUAUAACCGGGGAACACAGAGGCCCGAGGAGUUCUUUGGAUUUUUCGAUUCCGAACGUUUCUGCCAAAUAUGUUUCGAUUGCCUGUCUUUUUAAGGAUCUUUCUGUUCCUGAUUUAAAAAGAUAUGGGAUGCGACUUGCUGUUGCACUUCAAAAAAACGGUUCUCCUUACCAAGAUAUCGAAGAAAAGUUUGGAGCUCCAGCUCUUCAUAUUGUUCUCAUUAAGACAUUAGAAACGGGGAAUGACGAACUAAUAAAACUGUUCUUUAGAAAUUAUCUGGACACCCAGGAGAAAAAGGACGCAGUUGAUAGAUAUGGCUAUUCAGCUCUACACGCCAUCGUUCGGUUUAAAUCCUGUAGUGAUGUGGAGAGGAAUAACUUGCUAUUGCUUUGCAUUCAAUCUGGCUGCAGCGCUUUUAUUUUUGACGAAACCGAAAAACUUCCCAUUGACUACUGUAAUCGUACUGACAAAUGCUUUGAAUCUCUAUCAAACAUAUUUAAUGAUUCUGAAACUGUUCGAAGACAUGUUCUUGAACUCAAAGAGAAAGGAAAUACAGCAAAGGAGAAGCAACAAUACGAGCAGGCUCUCCUUUUUUAUAGUAGAGCCAUUAAUUUGUCCACCCGCUGUGAUAAAUUAUACAGAGACAGUGCCAUUCUCUACACCAAUAGAUGUACAGUUUAUACGGAACGUAAUCAUCUACAAGAGGCCUUAAAAGACGCGGAGUUGGCGAUCGAAAUAGACAAGACAUGGAUGAAGGGCCACUGGAGAAAGUCUCAGUUACUACGAAGAAAUGGACAGAACACCGAGGCAUUUGUGGCUGCUAUGGAAGGAGUAAAUAUCUCUGAGAUUGCCAACAAAGACAAAUGUGAACUUGUUAUUGAAAGUGUCAAAUCAUUCCAAUACCUGUCUGACUUUGAAAAAAACGAAAGGUACGGUGCCUUCGCAGACGCUCCAGUUGAUUUCUUGCCUUCUGUGUUACAAAGACUCAGCAAAGAAUCAGAAUGGUUAUGCAUUAAGCACCUCGUUAUUGGAAUAGACCAAAACAGUGAAGCAAAGGGUAUUGCCAGGAAUACAGACUUCAGUACAAUUAAGUACAACACAUUAUUUACGCUUAUCAUACAACAAGCUGUGAAGGAAGUCAGUUCAUGGAUUGUGCCCCUUAUCGUUCAUAUCACCACAAAUCCAGAAGGAAGCAACAACUUAACUAGUUUCAAAGAAUGGGAGGGGGAUACACCGUUACAUGCAGCAGCAAGAUUUUCCUUGAUUACCGGGAAUACAUCAAUGCUCCUAUGCAUGGAAAAAGUUCCACUGGAAAUGAUAGAUCAGAACGGAAAUUCUCCGCUGCAUUCUGUCGUGAAAGUGCCUAAUCCAUCUCAAUUUGCCACAUUUCCUGAGGUUGUGCAAAAACUUCUUCAAAUGGGAGUUUCACCUGAUCUAAGAGAUGCAAAGGGAAAGAUGGCUGUAGACUAUGUUGAUAAAUGUAGAGAUUCAAAGGUUAUUCAGCUCCUUUCAGAAGGAAUAAGAGAAAGAGAUAAUUCUCUACAGCCCCUCGUAGAACAAAACGAGGACACUGUUUGCGAAAACAAAGACAAGCGCGACUCUAAAGACGACCAAAACAGGCUUAAAAGUGAAGACAAUAAAGCUGCAAAGGUUGAUUUAAAGCCCUCACUUUCAGAUAGUCAGGAUAUGAAAAAUGAAGAACAUCAUCACUCGUCGAAAUCACUGAGCAAAUCAUCAGACAAAACUGAAUUUAAUCUUCAUAGAAAUGAAGGUGACAGGGCAUUGAAAGCAAAGAAGCUAAAACCUGCUUUGGAAUCUUAUAAAAAAGCAAAGAAUCAUAUGAAUGCUGCCAGCAACGCAGAAAAAGUAAACCUAUUUUGCAAGAUAUCAGAUUGCUUUCUUGAUCUUGGUCAACACUUAAAGGUUAUCGAAGAAGCUGAACAAUUCAAGGCAUUCAUUGAAAAGUCUUACCAGGCCAAGGUAAGACUUGGAAAAUCGUUUGCUGGUCUACAGCGGUAUAAAGAGGCGUUUUUCCAUUUUAUUGAUGCCUAUAAUCUCUCCAAUAGUUUGACCAAUGUAAAUCUGGAUGAUCUAUUGUUUGAAAUUGCCAGCGCCUAUGCUGUUUGUGAGGAGGACGGUAUGUAA